AUGUGGCAAUGCAGUGAGCAGUGUGGAGUGUACAGCGAGCAGCGUGCAGUGAGCAGUGAGCAGUGUGAAGGUGUGCAGUGUGCAAUUGCAGGGAGCAGUGCUCAGUGCGCAGUGUGCAGUGAGCAAUGUGUGCAAUUAGCAGUGUGCAGUCUGCAGUGUGCAGUAAGCAGUGUGCAUAUGUUCAAGAAAGACAUUCUGCAGAGAGCAAACGUAUUCAAAGUUUUAUGGUUGAAGUGCAAGUAUAGUGCAAGUUUUUCUUGGCCUAUUGUGGACUUUAGUAUGCUGUGUGCAGAGUGCAAUGAGCUGUGUGCAGUGAGCAGUGUGCUGUGUGCUGUGUGCUGUGUGCAUGAGCAUUGCGCAGUGUGCAGAGUGCAGUGUGCUGUGUUCAGUGAGCUGUGUAGCUGUGUGCAGUGUACUGUGACAGCGUACAGUGAGCAUGUGCGUGUGCAUUGUGCAGCGAACAGUGUGCAGUGUGCAGUGAGUAGUGUGCUGUGUGCAGUGUGCAGUGUGCAAUGUGCAGUGAGUAGUGUGCAGUGCGCAGUUGACAGUCAGAUCAAACAUAUAGAGAUGACGUUUAGAACUGCACUUAAUUUCAAUGGGGCUAACGAUAACACCGAAUCGUCUGCAGGAGGAACGACAACAAACGGCACACUUCCAUCUUUGAAUGCAACAACAAGAACUCCUCGUAUCGAUACUAGCAAGACUUCUACGUCAAUUACUCAACAAAAGAAAGUGACGGUCAGAUUCAAUCAGGAAAUAGUCCUUCUCUGCAAAGAUCUAAAAUACAGCACUACAAUGAUAUCUUGGUUUAAACAUCAAGAGAAUUCAACGAGCGAUAUAAAACAUAAACUGGAUAUAAAAAGAUAUCGCUUGGAUGUGACUAGUCAGGGAGGCGGAGGCACUUACAGCUGUCUUGUUACUAACAACUCAUUCAGCGUCAAUAGGAUAUUCGUUGUCCACGCAAGCAUUGCAUUGUUAAGAAAAACAUUAAAUACAACUCGCAUAGUGACUUGCAAUUUGCAAAACAACGUUACUCCUUCUAUCGAGAUAUCACCUUGUUGCCAAAUUGUUAUUGCCAACGAAACAGAAACAAUAAAUAUCAAAUGUUUAGCAGCUGGAUUUCCCACACCAACAGUAACUUGGAUUUUGCCUAACGGCAGCGAAUGGCUAGUUGAAGAUCUCAAGGAGUACAACGAUACCGCUGGUAUUAGUUCACUGGUUGUCACUGCGUAUGAUGGAGGUAACUACAAAUGCAUUGCAAACAACCGCAAUGGAAAUGCUGAACAAACUGUGACUGUAUUUGUUACUCCUUCUAUCGAGAUAUCACCUUGUUGCCAAAUUGUUAUUGCCAACGAAACAGAAACAAUAAAUAUCAAAUGUUUAGCAGCUGGAUUUCCCACACCAACAGUAACUUGGAUUUUGCCUAACGGCAACGAAUGGCUAGUUGAAGAUCUCAAGGAGUACAACGAUACCGCUGGUAUUAGUUCACUGGUUGUUACUGAGUAUGAUGGAGGUAACUACACAUGCAUUGCAAACAACCGCAAUGGAAAUGCUGAACAAACUGUGACUGUAUUUGUCCAACCGCGAAUUUUACCCUUUGAUAAUGAUUCUCUAGUAGUCACAGUAUAUAGUAACGUCAGCUCUGUUCCGUGUACUGCUGUUGGAUUUCCUCCACCUGAUGUGUACUGGUAUCAUGGAGACAAGCAAUUGUCUACACUUGUAUCAUCUCUCCAUAAUGUUGACAGAACUACAAAAAGACGAACUCUUUCUCUUGGAGAAGUAGACUGGUCACACAAAGGAGAGUAUUCUUGUACUGCCAACAAUACAAUAAAGAAGAAUAAAGCAAGUUUUGCCAACAAAUCCAUCUUUCUAAAAUUACUCAGUGACAUUAAAUUUUCCUCAUUCAAUUCAACUGCUGAUGGAUAUGUGGGCGACAAUCUAACGUUAUCAUGUUCGGUCACGGGGAAAAGUGAGCACGAGCUACGCUGGACAACUGAAAAUGUAUCACUAAGCAAUGAAACGAAUUCGACGACUCAAUUUACAAUUAGUAACUUAGAAUUAGACUACGGCAGCAAAAAAUAUGUGUGUGAAGCGCGCACCAUCGCAGAUAACAAAACAAUUUAUUCGAGCGUCCGGAUAAGAGUUUUAAACGAAACCGUAAGGUUUGAUGAUAUUAGCGUGUUUCUUGGCGGUAAGAACACGUUAGAAUGCAUCUUUAUGGGAAAGCCUCAACCGAAGGUGACAAUAGAGACUUCAGGAGAAUUGCAUACUGAUGCAAAAGUAACCGCACUCGACGGAAUGAAAAACAUCUAUAAAGCAGUAAUUCAAAAAAGAAUUAAAUGGAGAGAUGCGGGAAAAGCCUCAUGCAGAAUUUAUUAUGAAAACUCAACCGUCCAAGUAGUUGGACAUGCUACUGUUAACAUUUAUCCUUACAUCACGAGUCAUCCAACCGAAGUUAUUAAAUCCUUCAAUGAUACACAACAAUUUGAGUGCACUGCUGCAGGAUAUCCUCUACCUAAAAUUUAUUGGCAGAAAAAACUAAAUGGACAAGAUUACCAUUUCGUUAGCGAAGUAUUAUUAAUGGCAGCAGAUGUUUCUGAUCACGAGAUAUCUAGCACACUCACAUUGAACAAGUCGAUCUCGUCUGCUGGUGACUAUCGUUGCAUAACGACCUCUUCUGUAACGAAUCCACAAAGCUAUCCAGAAAAUCGGCCAAACGUUUCCAACCCUGUUCAAUACAUUGUAAAAAGUGACGCUCGAAUCAUUUCUAACGAUCCAAUUGUAGCAAGGUCGGGAGAGACGGUAACAAUCACCUGCAACGCCACAGGUUAUCCUCUUCCGCAAAUUCGGUGGUCACAUAAAGAAGAAAGCAAUAUGAUUGAAAGUUCAAGAGAGAAAAAAAGCGAUACAUCUAUAGAAAGCUACCUUGAAAUCCCAAAUGUAACAGUCGAUGACGGAGGAUCAUACUACUGUACAGCCAGCAACAUAGGUGAACAGAGUCAAGCAAACAUUAAUGUUAACGUGAAACCUUCCAUCAACAUACGACCUUGUUGUGAACAUGUUAUCGACAAGGAGAAAAUCAAUGAGAUUAAAUGUUCAGCAACUGGACUACCCACGCCAACAGUUACCUGGAUAUUUCCGAACGGCAGCAGAUGGCCAAACAAUGAAAUUCCUAACUACAAUUCUAGUUCACUGGUUUUCACGGAACAAGACGGAGAACUACAACUAGACACGAUCUUUCCCUUGGAAAAGUCUAUUGGUCACACAAAGGAAAGUAUUUUUGUACUGCCAACAGUACCAUAG